AUGGCAUCUCUCCUUUUACUCAAGAACGGUGUUGCGGACAACAAUAAUGCAUGGAUCAUUAUAUCGCUUGGCGACACACUGGGAAGCGAGUUCUUGAUCUACAUGGGUGCAUCUUUGGCUGGUGCGAUCAACAACCCGGUGCUGAAGCGCUUCAAGGGCGGUACCAAUGGCAUUUCUGCUCUUGUGUUAUUGACUGCCAUUCCUGGUACGUUCGUCGCUGGUUUGGAUGCUGGUUUGGCCUACAACGAGUUCUCGUUGAUGGAUGGCCGUCUGGUGCCUCCUAUGAGGGAACUGGGCAAUAACCCCACGAUCGGAUUCUGGAGAAACAUGUUUGACAACCAGGUCACCAUCCAGUUCAACCACUGUGUUCUCGCUACGACAUUCACUGCUGUUACUUCCUUGUUCCUGUACUCGCGUGGACUGCCUCUGCUUCCUCAUAUCAGCGUUGGUGCGAAUGCACUGAUGGGAGUCGCCUGCUGCCAAGUCGGACUUGGCAUUGCGACCCUGUUGUACAUAAUCCCAGUCUUGCUCGGCACUGUCCAUCAGACUGGAUUGCUGACGCUCUCGGCCGCAGCGCUAUACCUGAUGCACAGUUUGAAGAAGGUCCCAGUCGCCAAGAGGAUCCUUUUGGAGCGGAGCCAUGAUACGUAG